AUGAUCAUAGCAGAUUGCGAAGUUAAGUUCGAAAUUAUAUGCAAAACAGCGUUUGGGGAAUAGCUUAUUAUCGUAGGCAAUACUCCCCAGUUAGGUAAUUGGAAUCCAUACAAAGGAAUAGUAAUGAAAACAGAUGAUGAUAAUUACCCAAAUUGGUACACUGAAAAUCCUUUGAUGUUGCAAAAAGGAUCCAAAUUUCAAUUUAAAUUUGUAAAGCUAAGACAAGGCAACUAAGAAUGGGAGGUUUUUCCCAAUAAUUUGAAUAGAAAAUACAGAACCAGGUAUCAAUCAGUAACGCUGAAAGCAGUGUGGAAUGACUUUUCAGGAAGAGAAAUUCCAAAUAAAAAAUAUGCCAGCUCUAAUGUCUUUUCAAACAAUGAAAUAAAGGUGCAUAAAUUUAAAAUAUCGGGAGUAUUCGUUCCUUAUGAGCAAGCAGGAACAGAUUCCUCGAACGAUUCUGAUUUCGGAGCAGCAAAGAAAAUAGAAGAGCAUGAUGAAAAUAUAGACUUUAACAAAUAAAAUAAUUUUAAAGAAAAUAAUAAUAACAAUAAUCCUGCUACAAAUAAUGAUAGUGAUAAUUCAACUUAAAUAGUAAAGAAAAAAUUACAAAGACUUCCUUAACCUCCACUACCCUUGAUGCAAUAAAAUAACAAUUUUGAGUAGGAAUAGGUUUAAGUACUCAACUUGAAAGAUGAUAAAAGCGCAAACUAAAAUAAAGAACAAGCUAGUCCUGUUUCUUAGGUUCCAUCCCACAACCAUUAGAAAUAACCCAGUAGUCAAUAAAAUAAUUAUCACAUCAGCUAUAAUAAUUAGCAGCACUUGCUCAAUUGUUAAUAAUUUUUAUAUAAUGCAAACCACUAAAAGUAAUUUGGUACAGACGAAUAAAUCAAAACAAAUGCUUUGCUUCUAAAAAGCCACUAAAUUAAUCAUAUUUAAGAUAAUGAAGAUAUCAAAAAGGUAUCAAAAGGUGAGCAACAAUAAGUUUAAAGUUAAGGCGUUAAUCUGAGUCAUGAUUAGUCACUUCCAAAAUUAUUAUAAAAGAACAUUAAAAAUCCAAUAUUCAAUACUUAAUUUAAAGAAUAUGAAAUAUUUGGCAAGUAAUAAAUAAAACCAAGUAGCAAACCUGCAUCUGAAUUUGAUGAAAAUGCGAGUAUUUAGAAUGAAUUUGAUGAAAUGAAUGUCACUAUUAAUAGCGCUGCUAGCAGCAACACUACAAAAGCUCUCUAAAGAGGCAAUCAGAUUAAUAAUUCUUCUCUUUUAAAUCCAUCUAAUUUCAAAAAUACUGAUUCUAUGCAAACAGUAUAGGUUAUGGGCACACAAGAUCAUUCCCUGAUUGAAGCCUCUGGAGCGUAAAAGAAACAACUGUUUGGCAAGAAAGUAAAUAUCUAAAAAAUUGGAGAAAAUGGAGACAUAUUAAAUGUUGACAGCUUGAGUGAUUAAGAAAGAUCGGAGAGCAAUUUAGAUAGAAUGAGCGAUCUCAAUUCUAAUAUGAGGAAAAACAAGCUUUUACCUCGCAAAAACUUACAAUUUACAGGAUUAACUUCGGAAAUUAAAGACACUGAUCAAGAAACAGAUAAUUAAAGCUUAGGAGAUCCUGAGCUGCAUAAAAAAUUAAUUCGAAAAUAAAAAAUGAUAGAUCAAGACUCUCCUGGAGUGGAAGAGGAGGAUGAUUUUGAAGAAAAUAAUUUAAGAAAUAAUAAAGAUUAAGAAAGCGAUUAAUCAGGUUUAUCAUCAUAAAAAAGCCAAAAAAAAUUGGCAAGCCUGAAUAAAGUUAGCGGAACACUUUCAAACAAGUCUGAUGAAUGUGGUCUUAUAUAAAGUGAAUAAAGCCUAAAAAGUAAAAUUAGAAAAGGAAGAAGACAACCUACUUAAUAAGAAUCCAUUUUUGCAGAAAAACUAUUCUAGUCUUCCGGUCAUACCUUGCAAACCCUCUUCUAAGAAAAAAUGAAAAAAAUUCAUGAAAAAAGCAUUAUAAAUUAAAAAUACUCAUUUAUAACUUCAGAAAAUGAUAUUGUUUUUGAAGCAAGUGAAGAAUUUCUUGUUAACAUGUCUGAAAAAGAUGAGCUUUGUCUUGCUACAUUUUUCCUGCCUAUUAUAGUUACAUAUGACCAAGCUACCGAUACCUUCAAAGAAGAAAUCUAAGAGUCUUCACUUUAUUUUCACUUUUACAACUCAUAUACAAGCCUGAGAUGGGUAGGUGUUUUGCCAAAUUACUAUUAAAUUCCAUCUAAUUUGCAUGAAAAAUUAGCUAACUAUCUUAUGUACAAAUACAGAUUUUAUCCUGUUUUUAUGGAGAAUGAAAUGAUUGAUUCUUUUCUAAACAACUUUUGUUUCAACAUGUAUGAUAACAUUAUGACAAAUCAAUUUGAUCUCUAACAUUUCAGAUUUAUAGAGUAUAAUUCAAAGAUAUUUGAAGAAGUCAAAAAAAUAAGCUUUAUAUUUGCUUAGUAAAUAAGUAAGAUUAUAGAUGUUGAUACAAACAUUAUGAUUGCUGAUUACAGGAUAAUCUUUUCUAUCAUUUAUAUUUCAUAGUGUAGAGCAAAUAAACUGAGUAUAGCUUAUUUUCAUGAUUCGUAGUUCCCUGAUAUUGAUAAGUUAAUGAUACUUCCUUUUGGAGAAAAGCUCAUUAAUGCCAUUCUAUGCUCUAAUAUGGUCUCAUUUAUGAAUUUUGAAGCUGCAUAAAAUUUUUUGAAGUUUAUAAGAGUGAAGUUGAAACUUCCUUAUGAGUCAAUUCGUGGUAAUUUAAGACUAAUUUAUAUGGGAAACCAAAUAAUUAUCCACAUUAGAAACCCUGGAGUAAAUAUAAAAGCAAUUAAUUACAUAAAGCAUUAACAAUAUUAUGAAGAAUAUGUGACAAAAAUAAGAGUGAAUUAAUUAAACCAAGAUAAUCAAUUACUGAUGCUCUCUGUGGAUACCUUGCACGAAAACAAUAAAAUUGAAUUGAAAUUUAAACUAUAUGAGAGAUUUUUGUGUAAUCAUCCUGAUCUCAAAGUUUAAUUGAUUUAAAUCAUACUUCCUGAAUAAAAGAAUUAUUCUACUCAAGGAAAUUAUAGUAAUAAAGAACUCAUGAAAAGCAUUAACAGGAUUGCUAAUGAAAUUCAAAAAAAUUUUAGGAGCAGAAAUCCGCUUCUGGUUAUUUAUCAAAACAUGACUCUCAAAGAAAGACUGGCUUAUAUGAAACUUGCUGAUAUAUUUUUGAAAACUAGUGUUUUCUAAGAAAAUGAAAUAUAUCCUUUGGAGUAUGUGUUAGCCAACCAAUAAAGUGGAUUUAUAUUGAUUAAUAAAUUUGGAUCUUACAAUUACAAAUAAAUCAGAAGUUGUAUAGCUUUCAAUCCAAACAGUUACUAUGAAUUUGAGAAAAAUAUACUCGAUAUUUAAUCUCUUUCGUUGUCCUUAAAGGAAAAAGUACUUUCCAAAGAUGUUGAAAUUUUGUAGCAAUUCAACACUAACACAUGGAUUGAAAAGCAUAUUGGAGAACUAAAAAAGAAUGCAAAGUUUAUGUCUCAAGCCAACAUGACAGGGUCAAACAAAGGAAUUAACUUUAAAAAAGUUGCUCAUUCUGCAUAUUUUAAAUAGCUAAACAUCAAAGAAGCAACAGAGUUUUAUAGAAAAAGUGUGAGAAGAUUAAUAAUAUUUGGAUACGUUGGCACUCUUGUUCCAUUAGAUAAAUACAUGUAUAUUCAAGCUGAAGAGUAUUAAUUAAGAAGACAUCACUAAAAACCUUCUGAAAAGAUGAUUGAGAAUUUAAAAAAGCUAUGUGCUGAUAAAAGGAAUAUGGUUUAUAUAGUAACAGAACUAUCAAUAGAUUUCAUGGAUGAAUGGUUUUCAGAUGUAAAAGGUUUGGGAUUAAUAUGUGAAAACGGUUACUUCCACAAAGUGAUCUAAGAAGGAGGAAAACCAAAUACAGAGUGGGUUAGGUUAAUUGAUUUGGAUAUGAGCUGGAAAGAGCCAGUUUAUAGAAUCAUGGAAAGCUAUGCUAUUAGAACUCAAGGUUCUUCUGUAGAAGUAAAAGAAAGUAGUGUAAUAUGGAAAUAUAACAAAGUUAACAUAGAUUUUGGGGCCAAGUAAGCAGAAUAACUAUUCCUACAAUUAGAAUCUAAUAUUUCUUAGCUAAAAUACUUAGAAAUAUCACACCAUAACGAAAGUGUAGAAGUUAGGCCUUGCAAUCUAAAUAAAGGAAUAGUUGCAGAGCUGCUAAUAGAAAGGAAAAUCAUAGAGUGUGGCAAAAUAGAUUACAUUUUAAUAUUGGGAAGCAGCAUGACUGACGAAGAUAUGUUCUGUGCUUGCCAAAUGUUUUACAGAAAUCAUAAUAAAGAAUUUUAAGAAAAAAUGAAACCUCUUUAUGUGACUAUUGGAAUAAAGCCAUCAAAUGCUUACUAUUACAUAGCAUUUGAAGAGGUAGAAAAAGUGAUAGAAUUAUUAGUAUUAUCAGAGUCUUUUGCAUCUUUCUUUUGA